AUGCCUGAGCCUUGUGAUUUGUUCGAGUGCACGUCUGGGCGAUGGAUCUAUAAUGAGAAUUUGAGACAACGUGAGAGAAGACGAGUUUUCAACAUCUCUGAACUUAAGCGCCUUGCUGCCCUAGCUGUUCAGCAGAAAGAAGCCGAUGUGAUCGAAUUCAAAAAACUUGCCGAGGGGGGUUUCAAUCGAAGUUUUCUGAUCACCAUGAGAGAUGGCUACCAACUCGUUGCACGAAUUCCAUAUCCGGCUACCGAACCAAAAUCCUUAGUGGUCGCGAGUGAAGUCGCAACGUUGGAUUUUCUCCAUGCUCAUGGUAUCCCAGUACUGAAGGUUUUUGGCUACUCUGCCGUUGCAGAUAAUAGGGCGGGUACAGAGUACAUUCUCAUGGAUGAUUUGCCAGAUAACUACUCCCGUGUCAUUGUUCCAAGCCCAGGAUCGACCCAACGCUUCUGCAUCGGUCCUGAUACUUCGCUACGGUUGUGGUAUGGCAAAAGACUCAACUUGUCGGUUGAGCGCGGACCUUACCGAGAUUCCUUGGCAGUUCUUACUGCCGGUGCCAAAAAGGAGAUUGCCUAUCUUGAGAAAUUCGGGCGACCUGUCCAGCUAUUCCAGCGUCUUCGCCGAGAGGUAUACAACUACCAGCCUCAGUCACACUUGGAACAUGCUGUGGCUCUAGAGAAAUACCUUCAGAUUGCACCUUACCUUAUACCACAUGACUGCCCGGCCCUUCAUCGCCCAGCCAUACGGCACCCCGAUCUUCAACCCAACAACAUAUUGAUCACUGAUGACCUAGAAAUCAGAGGUCUAAUUGAUUGGCAACACAGUACGAUUUUGCCAUUAUUUUUGCAGUGUGGUAUUCCUGAGAGCCUACAGAAUUAUGGUGACGAGAUCUCGGAAUCAAUGCAAUUUCCGACUUUGCCGAACAAUUUCGAUGAACUGGAAGAAAUAGAGCAAUUCAAGCAAGCCGAACUCCUGCGCAGGCGACAGCUCCACUAUUUUUAUGUCAAACUGACAGCAGAAAGAAAUCCUGAACAUUACAAGGCCCUGACCCUUCAUUUCAGCACCUUAAGGCAGCGGCUUUUCCAUCAUGCAAGUGACCCUUGGGAGGGUGACAAUAUCACGUUGACAGCCGAUUUAAUUACACUGUCUAGGAAGUGGACAGACUUCGCUCGAGAUGCGAAAACACCUUGUCCAAUUUCUUUUUCAGACGACGAGUUGACGGAAUGUUCACGGCUGGAACGCGCACAGUCUGAAUCAGACGAACAAUUCCGGGCUUGUCAGGAAGCGAUUGGGGUUGGGCAUGAGGGCUGGGUGCCCCUAGAAAACUACGAUGAGGCGAAAAGAAGCGAAAGAAAACUGAAAGCAGACACUCUCGAUGCUGCCGAAACAGAAGAGGAGAGAACAAGAAUCCAAGAAAACUGGAUUUUCGACGACUUUUGCGAGGAAGAAUACAUGUGA